AUAAGCAAGGAUAAAGGUUUGGAGGCAAGGCAGACACCACAAUUCCUGCUUAUCUCAAAGGCCUUAGGAGAUAAGGACAUUCUGGAAGAGCUGACCUCGGAUAAUUAUCACAGCUGAGUUUGAUUCUUCACAGCAGCUCUGCAAGAAAACCCCAAGGAGGAGGGGGGCGCCGCUUCCCCACAAAUCCCCUGAGGACUUCAGCCCAUGGUUCCCUGGCCAGAGUGGGGUCACCUGGUCACUUAUGCAAGAAAGAAGAUACGAAUGCAUUAACAACCUGAACCACAGUGGGGAUCUCCUCGUAAGGAACAAGGAGGGCAUGGAUCUGGGGCAGGCCGUUUACAAUGCCUGUUGCAAGCCCUGAGAGCUGCUUCAACAUCUCAGAAAUGUUUAUGCAGCAGUAGGCCUGGCUCUCCCCGCAACCCCAGGGCAGUAAAGGGUGGAAAGUUACAAAGGACUGACUUGGCUAGAAAGGAACCCACAUGGGAUAAACUGUCUCAGAGAAAAAUCCCGUCACUGUUGAUAUUUGAGCAGAAACUGAGACAUCAGGUGGCAGGAGAGCUGCAGAGAUUCUUCAGCCAUUGGACGGGCACUCAGGCCACAUCCACCCCGGGGGGCCCGUCUAGCUCCCCAAUGAUAUCAUUUUGCAUGUUUUGGAAGGAGAAAGUGUGCAUGCCUGCAUACGUGGCCUGUGAAUGCACCUUCUGAUUUACACGCGUGCACUGCAGGCUUCCUGCUCACACUGGAUUCCCACGUCCCCACGGGAAUGCACCUUCUGAUUUACAUGCGUGCACUGCAGGCUUCCUGCUCAUGCCGGAUGGCCCUCGGUGCAUAGAGUGAUCGGUCACAGAGGCUGGAAGCGGAGGGAGGUUUAGAACCAUCUGGCCCAGCUCCCUUACUUUGGAGUGCAACAAAGAUUCAACACAGCUCCAAGGAAGGAGCCAAGAAAAAUAUUCCGUGCCAAAGUGAGACCCCGGAAGUGAAACCCCGGAACAAAGCUGAACAACGGGCUCCAGUUGGGUGCCAGCAAACGUAGGACAGGAAUGUGACUUCCGGCAGCACACAGGUGCUCCCAGGUCACCUGCUUUGUGGUCCAGCCUCCUGCUGAGUCACCUGCUUUGUGAUCCAGCUUCCUGCUCUGCCCCAGGUGACCACAUGACCACCGUGGACUUUGCCCUGAAAUCUUUUGGGAGGAGAAGAGGCCUGACCUUGGGGCUGGGGGCCAGCGGGCACUGCCCUGGUCCAAGGCUGCUGCUCUUGACCUCUGCUCUGAGGCUGUUUUCCACUGGAGCAGAGGCUCCUUCUGUCCUGCCUGUGGAGGGAAGCAAACCUUCCCCUGGGCCAGAGAGAGGAGAAAAGGGAGACAGGUAGCAACGCUGUGGACUGGUGAUGAUAGGCUCUUCAGCUCCCUGCAAGUGACCGGGCCUGGGGAACAGGGCAUGGCACAGGCACACAGGACCCCCCAGCCCAGGGCUGCCCCCAGCCAGCCCCGUGCAUUCAAGCUGGUUCUCCUGGGAAGUGGCUCCGUGGGUAAGUCCAGCUUGGCUCUUCGGUACGUGAAGAAUGACUUCAAGAAUAUCCUGCCUACGGUAGGCUGUGCGUUCUUCACAAAGGUGGUGGAUGUAGGCACCGCCUCUUUGAAGCUUGAGAUCUGGGACACAGCUGGCCAGGAGAAGUACCACAGUGUCUGCCACCUCUACUUCAGGGGCGCCAAUGCUGUGCUUCUGGUGUACGACAUCACCAGGAAGGAUUCCUUCCUCAAGGCUCAGCAGUGGCUGAAGGACCUGGAGAAGGAGCUCCACCCAGAAGAAGUCCUGGUGAUGCUGGUGGGCAACAAGACAGACCUCAGCGAGGAGCGGGAGGUGACCUUCCAGGAAGGGAAGGAGUUUGCCGAGAGCCAGAAGUUGCUGUUCAUGGAAACUUCGGCCAAACUGAACUACCAGGUGUCAGAGGUGUUCAGUGCCAUGGCCCAAGAGCUACUGCAGAGAGAUGACAGGGAGGGCCAGGCUCCGGAGGGGGAUGCAGCUGUGGCUCUGAACCAGGGGCCUGCGAGGCAGGCCAAAUGUUGUGCCCACUAGGUGCAGCCACUCCUGGGGGCUGUGGAGGAGACGCCCCCUGCCUGGGCCAUGGCCAGCUCUGCGAGGAUUCUGAUUCGCUCUCAAUGCUGGGUUGCUCCCGAGCCCUAGAGGUUCCUGGAAGCUGGCCCCAUUUAUAAAAACCACUUCCUACAGCCAGUGGGAACCGCCAGGGGAAGAUCUGAUGUCACAGGGCUCCCAGGAAAGUGCUGUGCCCCAUCCCCACCGACACCCUCUGAUCCCCCGAUGCCUGUGCCUGCCCUACCUGGACGGUGGCCCCCUCAGCCAGGCAGCCUCUGGGCAGAGAGGAAGGAAGGAUUGGAAAAGUCCCUGGAGCACAGUGAUGGUGGGAAGAAGCCUUACGCCUGAUCUGGGGGGCACUGGCCUGGAGCUUGGGCCCACCUGCUUUGGGGAGUUGGGGAGCAGGCCCAGAUGGAGGUGGUGGUGCCGGGAAGAAACGGAGCAAUGACUGACUGUGGGGUGGGCGCGGGAUUUCCGCAUAUUGGUGAAGUUGCCCAUGGGAAGCGCAGCUGGGGGCAGUGGCGCCAGUUCCCUCCCAUGGUCUCCCGGCUGGCAGUGUGGUGAAGCUGAGUUUCUGUCCAAUGCGUAGGAAGGUUCUGAGACAUUUCGCCUGAGGUGUAAGGUGUACUGUGUAUGCAUUGUUUUCUCCAAAAAUUAAAUUGCUUUUGACAAUCUG